AGUCCGUCCGCAAACUCCUGCCGAGAAAGACGUUCCUCUUACCGAUAUUGAGUACCCAGAAAAAUGCGAGAGUAAAAAAAUUGUGAUUGGAUCUGCCGUGAAAAAUUACCUAAACAAAAAGAAAAAUAUUUUAAAGGAAUAUGAAUUUGAUCAUGUUUUCAAACCUGAUAGCACCCAAGGACAAGUAUACACUGAGGUCGCUGCUGACAUCAUCCAAUCAGUGGUUGAUGGGUACAAUUGUUGCAUUUUUGCUUAUGGUCAAACAGGUGCAGGGAAAACUUACACAAUGCAAGGUUCUGAUGAUACUCCGGAAAGUGAAGGUAUGAUCACAAGAGCGUUCAAACACAUCUUUGUUCUUGUCAACGAAUUGGAGUUUCAGGGGUGGAAUUAUACAAUCGAAGGUCAAUUCAUCGAAAUAUAUAAUGAUCGAAUCUAUGAUUUGCUUAUCUCACAUGGAGAAGUAAAAGAUGUGAAGAUAACACAUAACAUUGGAGAAGGUUCAACAAGGAUCACUAAUGUGAAAACAGAUUAUGUUAAUCAAGUGCUUAGAUCUGCAACAAAGAACCGAAUUGUUGCUUCUACAAAAAUGAAUGAUAAUUCCUCAAGAAGUCACAGCAUAUUUAUGAUUCAUAUCAAAGGUUCUAAUUCUGUUACAAAUGAGAAACGAUUGGGUUCCUUGAACCUUAUUGACCUGGCAGGUUCAGAGAAAAUAUCAGCUUACGAAUCAACUGGAGAUCUUCAAGUUGAAACGAUAAAUAUUAACAAGAGUCUCAGCAGUCUAAAAACAGUUAUACAAAACAUAAAGGAAAAUGCGAGUCAUAUCAAUUACCGUGACUCCACCUUGACCUAUGUUUUGAAGAAUUCAUUAGUUAAUAUUUCCCCGGUAAGAUCAUCUCAAGUGGAUACUGAAAACAGUUUAGAAUUUGGGCGUAUUGCAAAAGCAGCUCACAUCAGCAUUGCAAAAAAAGGUUAA